AUUAUUGAAAGCAUGGGGGCGUGGAAGAUGCUAUUCACUUGGGAUUGGCCCAGAUGGCUUGGAGGUGUUCUGCUAAAUCCUAGGGAUAAAUGGAUUAGGUGGAGGUCAAAGUGAGUCUGGACGGAAGUCAUUCUAAACAAGCUUCUCACCUCUUCUGUAGUCCCUUACCAAAAAUAUGCAGAAAAGGAAUAUGACAGAACCUACAAUCAAGGUCAAUGGAUUACAAGCCCAUAUACGACUAUGUGAGAUCUAAGCAGGUAGGUUACGUGGUAUUAAGAGGUAUGGGGAUGUGGAAAUACAACUGACAAUACAUUACAGAAAAAUAGUGCCUAGAAUAAUAGCUAAUGUUCUUCUGCAACAGCUAAUGUAAUGAUCUACCUACCUACCUACCUAUAUAUAUCUAUAUAUAAUGUCUGUGCAUUAAUCUUUUACAUUUUUAUCUUGAUUUCAGUACCUGCACUAUUAUGCAGCUAAGACCGUCAUCCAGGAGUGUAAAAAUACCUCAUCUAAGCUGCUUAUGUGGCCGUCUUGGCCUUCUCUCCCAGUUCACUUUCCUCCUUCCCGUGGAACAUGUUCCCUGUUCUCUCCCAUUUACCCAGUACGUUAUAUCGAUGAAAAUAAAAUGAGCUUCACACAUGGACCUAAAAUUUACUGCUGAGACGGUAAAAGUAACACUUUCCAUUGACAAUGGCAGUCUUAAAAGUGACAUUUACGAAGACAAACAGAGACAAACUGGCCCAGGUUUUAUGGGUGCUGAAUUGGGUGUCUGUGGUCACGGGAGUCACGCUCUUCAGCCUGGGCCUGUUCUUAAAGGUGGAAAUCGAGAAGAGGCGAGAGCUGAUGUCAAAAGAGGUCGACUCGGUGCCAAACAUGCUUAUCUGUGUUGGCUUGACUGCCUGUACGAUCAACUUCCUGGGGGGCAAGAUUUGCUAUGACUGCGUGGACACUACCAAGUUCCUGCGGUGGAAGCUGCUGAUGCUGCCUUACAUCAUAUGUACCUUUUUCUUUACGUUCUGCAUCCUCAUGGGCGCCCUGAUGUGCUAUAGCAUGCGCAACGAUCUAGAAGAGUCGCUGUUUUUAGGCUUGCGUGAUGCCAUGCGCUACUAUAAGGACACAGACACGCCGGGUCGAUGCUACAUUAAGCGCACAAUGGACAUGCUGCAGAUGCAGUUUCAGUGCUGUGGAAAUGGAGGGUAUCGGGAUUGGUUUCACAUUCAGUGGAUCAGUAACCGCUACCUGGACAUGACCAAUAGCGAAGUGGUGGAGCGGCUGCGGAGUAACGUGGAAGGGAAGUAUCUGAUUAAUGGAGUGCCGUUCAGCUGCUGUGGUCUGCAUUCUCCUCGGCCCUGCAUCCAGCAUCAAAUCACCAACAACUCAGCGCACUAUAAUUACGACUACCAGAAGGAGGAGCUGAACCUGAACCGAAGGGGUUGCAGACAGGCUCUGCUGGAGCACUACACGCAGAUAAUGCAGUCCAUCGGCUUAAUCGUUCUCAUCAUCUGGCUUUUUGAGGUGUCUGUGCUGACAGGAGUGCGUUAUCUUCAGACAGCCAUGGAGAAUGUGCUGAGGUUAGGGGACCCUGACUCUGAGUCUGAUGGCUGGCUUUUAGAGAACAGCAUUGCAGACACUGCGCGUUAUAACUUCAACAUCAUCAAGAACCUGGGCAAGUGCUACCAGGUAGAUGAUGACCCCAACAUAGAUGUACCAAGCACCAGCCAGCAAGCACAAGAGAAUGUGCCCAUAAAGCAAAUCCCUGUUGCCAGGUAGUACAAAAGACAUUGGAUAUUGAGACUUAACCAGCCAUUCAACAAUGGCAGCCUUGGAGAAGCCUUUACUUGAUUCGCACAAAGAGGAAACAAAGUGAAGAAUGAACUAGAAAAAGAGAAAAAAAUCAUGUUGAAUGCUGAAAAGGUGAUGUCAGGUAAAAGGCAAGGUAAUCCUUGUGCCAUACAAAAGGAAAAGAGUAUGAAAUAUAAAAUGCAUUAUAAGAUGCUGGAGAACAGGAUUGAUUUGAAUGACUCAACAGCCAAUUAGUCUCAAUAAUCGAUCAAUGACUUUAUGUAAAAUAUCAUUUGCAUUUGCAAUUCCAAAAGAGGAAAAAUUCCUGUGACUGAUGACCUACAAAUUAAAUUGGGAUGAAUAUGUUGGUAACACUGGUAAACAUGGCUGUUAACAAAGAUGGUAAUGGAAGACAAGCUUCCCUGUGCCUCUACCCUGUAAUGAAGAUUAGUUUGUCCAUUCUAGUAUCAUAUUAAUGAUAAGCACAUUUCAAGUUAAUCUGAAAAGGGUUCAAGUAUAGGCCUUUGUUCCAUUACUAAGGAGGUAUUACCAUCCAUAAAAUAUAAAAUGCCUUUUGGGAUCCAACAAGGAUCUUUUUCUUUCGCUCACUUGCUUUAUUUGUUUCAUUGUAGGUCUAUUCAGUUCACUAACUAGUCAAUCAUUCAAAUAUUACUUUGUAGACUUACUGGGCCUGCUUCAAUAGGGUACUAACAGUGGCUUUUGUAUGCAUUACUGCAGCACUGAUGUUUUAUAUAAGUCUCACUGUUUGCAAUGUAUUAAACCAAUGGUGUGUUCAUUCUUAUAAUUGUGACUUUAUUUCUCACAAUUGCUACUUUAUUUCUUAUAAUUGCUGUCGAUUCAAAUCAAAAUAAACUUUUAUCAGCUAUCUUGCAUAUGCAGAAAUAAAGACAGACAUCACUUGAAGCCAUACUUUUAAAAUAAAGUUUUAAUUAUAAGAAAUCAAGUUAAAAUUGUGUGAUUUUAAUUGCAUUUUAACAUAAUGUAGGCUAAAGUUGAUCAUUUUUGUUUACUCCUUGAUAAAAGGAUGUGUGGGGGCACAAAGGGUGCCUGUAAAAUGGCUGGAAACCCGGGGCCUAGUUGAACCAUCAUUUGACAUGGAGUCUUCAAAAUGUAAAUUGAUUGAGCUUUUCCAUCAGAUUUUUUUUUCUGCUGUACUUAUCAGCAUGUAUUAAAACACUACCUUUUAAGUUACAUUUCAGAUGUGAAUACAAUGCCUGUCUACCGCAUUACAAGUUUGCUCUUGUUAUGUUUGAUAAUCCCUUCAAGGCAAGCCAAAGGAUGCUUAACUUUCGGGUACAAGUACUGCUCCAAUCCAAAUCCCUUGAACUAAAGAGAUUGCACUGCACUUAUCUUUUAGUCCGUCACCGAGCUACGCAUCCGAUUAACAGCGUACUGUCCAUCUUGGACGACUCUUCUGCUGAAGCUAGCUAGCAUGUACGAGUAGUAUUGUCAUUUGUUAUCGUACAUGUUACUUUUCUCAGCGCUGGUAAGGUAAACAGGAUUGACCAAUCACAGUCAUUUGUGAAUGCACGACAAAUUAUUUUAAACUAGAGUGCAAAGGUAGAUUUCUAUUUGUUGCUCAGAUAUAAAACCUUGAAAUUAUUAUAUUUACUUUUUCGUAUGCCUCAAGUAACGUUAAGACAAAAACCUAAAAUGCAGACAACACAAAAGACAACGCAGCCAAUCGGCUUUAAUGAUCCUAUUUAUAUACAAGGGUAUUCAAAUUUAUCAUAUUCGUUUUAUACUGGAAUAUAUUCGUUAAUAUAAGUAUUUAAAUUAUUAUUAUUAUUAUUAUAU